AUGAGUGUUGCUACCCCGGCGGAUCGUGAUCUCUUUGACCGCAGUGUGUUGGACUUUGCGACGUAUGAGGAGUACCUGGACCAGCAGGUGACGCCGGAGGAUCUCUUCUACCUGGGCGACCCCGACGCGGCCCGGCAGAUCGUCGAGCUCGGCUACAAGGGGAAGGACUUCCUCAGCCGCGAGGAGUUCGAGGCGGCGCGGGUCCUCGCGCUCGAGGGGCCCACCCGGCGGGAGGGGGCCGGCGGGGAGGAGGGCGGCGCCGUCGUUCUCUGCGGGGCCGGCCGGCGACUGGACGACGCCCCCCUCCUCGCAGCCCUCCAGCGGCGGGAGGAACUCGUGCGGAGUGGGAAACUCGCCACGAUUAUUUUUCUCCGCGAUAUCGUGCGGGGACAGGAGGUGUCGGCGUACAUUGAUUACGGACAUAGACUAAAGACAGAGGACUUUACAGAGUACUUUGCACGGCGUAAGAAACUCACCCCACGUCGUACAGAUCUCAGCUACUAUAACUGGAAGACACAUACUCUAUUCUAUAAUAAUAGUCUUACGUUUCAGGUCUUGGCAGAUAAUGAAAUGGGACUGUUGAUGAAACAUAAAAGAGAUAGAAAGACUAUUAACGUCGAUCCAAGAGCCCCAACGCCGGGUGAUAACAGUAACCGUACCGUUAUUCAUAGUCCAGAGUAUGUUCAAGUCACUAUUUACGAUCAUGUUACUCGACGAAAGAAUUAG